GGGAUUUGUGCACGGCCACUAUCGGAAGGUGUAGGCGGGGAUCAUGCUGUGAAUGCGGAGAGCCAGGGGGAGAAGGAACACUAGAGGCGGUCAGGCAUGGAGGAGAACGACACCAUCGAAAUCUUAGCAAGAGGAGGAGGACGGGAGAGGGUUAGGAUGCCGGAUCAGAAGCAUGAUAGUGUCGGUUUGUGGUUGGUCAGGAUGGGGAUGCGGCGACACCGGGAUACGGUGAAGCAUGCAAGGUUGCGUAGGGGGAACCGGACAAGGUGGGAAAGAAGAGAUUGGACGGCAGGAGGAGGGGCUCAACGUGGGAAGAGGGAACAGGAUUUGUCAGCAGGGGAAGUCGUCGACCUGUUGUUCGAAGAGGUUGCAAGCCACUGUGCUGCCAUGAGGUCAGAGAUCCGGAUGGCAGAAGGGCUUGAGGGGGAAGAUCUCAGUGUGAAAUGGCAUGAGCUUGAGAGGAACAAUCGGGGCUCUGCGGAUAACCACACCACUUCGGCAACCCCUAGCAGCAGUGCUGGCUGCAGCCAGGUGGAGAUGAAGAAGGCAGGCGUAGACGUGCCAUUGGCAGGUUUGCUUAGUCAGGAUCACCUUCUGAAACUCUCAUUCUUUUUCAAUAAGAACCUGGAUCGGGCAUUGCAGAUUCUGGAUGCUGGAGCUGUAGAGUGGGUGAAGGGGGCGCCAAGUGGUCGUUCUGUUUUCAGGAUCUGGGGAGUGAAAGCCAAGGGCGUCAUGCACCAUCAUCUUUGCUUCCCAUUGUCGUAUUGUACUUGUGAGUCGUUCUUCUAUGACGUUGUCGCACGCAGUGAGUCCCUCUGUUGCAAACAUCAGCUAGCUGCACGAUUGGCACAGUCUCUACAAAUGUAUAAGGAGACACAAGUGUCAGAUUUGCAACUCUGUAAGCUGCUGUGUGGAGGAGACUGAGUUCGUUAUCAAUUAUCAACAGGGUGGUCAUUGCAGUUGCUUCCUCUUUGAUUGAUCCUACCCCUUGUUCCCCUCACCAUCAUCAUUGUUGUCGCUGUCAUUAUCAGCAUGUUUCUAUGGUCUGUCCGACAUGAUGGAAGUCGCGCACAACCUGGUGAAGCUGCCGCCUUCAACGAAGUGAAGACAUAAAUUUCACUUAAUUAACGCCCGCAGCCCUUCGCUGAUCACAGAGCUAAUCCAAAAU